AUGUCGGGGCAAUUUCAACCACGCUCGAGGAUUGGGACCCAGUCGCUCCAAGAACAUCUGCGAUCGCCUUGCGGGCUGUCAGAGAAAGAGUUAUCCGAGAUUACACAGCUCGUCAAGGUAGCUGAAGACGAUCUGGAUGGAUAUCAUGCAGAGAUAUUACGGUUAGAGGCUAGGAUUGUAUAUCUCAAGUCCGAACACGAUCGGCUCGUCGACCAUAAAUCCACCCUUUCUUCUCUUCUUUCACCUAUACAUCGCCUUCCGAACGAGAUCAUGAUCAGGAUAUUCACCUUUUCAUGCGAUCAAAAUACUCUAGGCCACUCAAAGCAAAGUCAUACGUUAGACGUUAGCGCAGUCUGUAGCAGAUGGCGUGCUUUGACUCUUUCGUGUUCGGAACUCUGGGCCACCUUCAGCAUAAUCUUGCCUCCUAUAGUUAACGAGCGUCAUGAUCCUCAACUGCUAGAAUAUGUUUUGGAUAUCUUUCUUGAACGCUCGAAACAUCAGCUCCUCACAAUCAGCAUCGACGCGUAUGGUUCCUCGGAGCAUCCCCUACUACAUAAAGUCAUGCAAACUUCUCCAAGAUGGCGCGAUCUGACUUUGAACGUAGAUGUUGUGCGAUUCUCAGCACCAUUACAUUCUUGUCUUAUUGGGCUGCGACUCCCUGAACUGCAAUCUGCCUGCAUAGUGCAACCCACAGGGUAUGGAAUCAGCACCCUGGACCUUCUUUCCGGAGCUCCCAAACUUCGUGAUCUUCAUGCCUUGUCACUGCCGCUCUCUUGGACAAAUCCUCACUCUCUGAGCCAGAUCACUCAUUUAUCGUACUGUCCGUCCUUCACAAAUUUCUACGAGUUGCUUGACUGGUGUCCCCAAUUAAAAACUCUUUAUCUGUCUAACUUCGAACACGAUAGAGACAUUCGCGCUCGAUCCAUUCCUGCCAAACAGGUUCCUAUAAUUUCGUUGACAGUGAGCUUGGCUGGGUACUACCCCAUGGUUCAGGACAUCCUUUUGGACUCCAUGGAAUCCCUUGUUGCUCCUGCGCUAACUUCACUCGUACUAGAACAGCACGGUGAACUACCUGAUAACCUGUAUGCUCCACCUAGCCCUUUCAAUGCUGUUGACAGCUUCUUAGCUCGUUCAGCUUGUCCAUUGACGGUACUAGUUCUAGAUAGCAUGCCCUUGACAGAUUGUGAGGUGGUCGCGCUUCUAAAACGACUACCUUCUCUUGUCGAGCUUACCGUAACGGAGUCCAAAUUCGAGAAUGCUCUCCCUAUCACACUCGAUUUCGUCGAGAGCCUACACUCGCAUAAAAGGAGCGCCCUCCGUUCUUCUGUAAACCCCAUUCUGCCAAAACUUCAGACGUUGGUUUUAGAGGUUCAGGUGACUGCGAGUGAAUUUGAAAGGGAAGGCUCUACACUGGCGUUGAUAGAUGUAAUUGUGUCUAGAUGGUUACCAGAAAAAAGCUACGCGGCCAGUAUAGGUGUCUCGUGCCUGCGGUCUGUCGAGUUGUACCUGUUGGGUCCUCCUCGACCAGGCCAAUUCCAACUCCUGGAACCUUAUGACAAAUCGGGCUUGCGAUUCGUGGUUGGAGAAAGCAGGGAUUUUGAAUACCGAUAG